AUGCCAGGUUCCAUAUAUUUGAAUGACUCUGGAAAUUUCGAGCUGAAAAAUAAGAUACAUGAAUCAGAUAUACCAACCAUGACUGAACUUGAAUGGAGACCAGAAAAUAAUAUUCCUGAGGAAAUUAAAGCUAUCUUAAAAGAAGAACAACCUAACUAUGUGUUAAGUGUAUUGAACAUCGUUCAAUUGUUGAAGACACAGAAGAGAACUGGCUGGGUUGAUUUUGGCAUCAACGACUGUGAAAGCAUUGCUGACCAUAUGUACCGCAUGGGUAUCACUAGCAUGUUAAUAAAGGACCCAACUGUGAACAGAGACAAAUGUGUCCGUAUUGCAUUAAUGCAUGAUUUAGCAGAAGCUCUUGUCGGCGACAUUACUCCAAAUGAUACAGCUGUCGAUAAAGACGAAAAACAUAGAAGAGAAUUAUCUACUAUCGAAUAUAUCUGUAAUGAAUAUAUCGCUAAAUACAACCCGAUUGCCGCAGAGGAAAUGCUACAAGAUUGGUUAGCUUACGAAAAUAUCAGCACGCUAGAGGCCAGAUAUGUUAAAGAUAUUGAUAAAUUCGAAAUGUUAGUUCAAUGCUACGAAUACGAAAAGAAACACAACGGGGAGAAAAGACUGGAUCAAUUUUGGAGUGCUAUGAAAGCUAUCAAGACGGAUGAAGUGAAUGAAUGGGCUGCUGAUUUAUAUAAAAGACGUACCGCAUUUUUUGAAUCAUUAAAAUAA